AUGACGCAAACCAGGGGUCACGGCCACCAUGGCCACUCCCACCACCAUCAUCACCACGAUAAUGUAUACCUUACUUCGACCAACAAGAACGAUGCCGGUGUACGCAUUACACGUAUCGGUCUCCUUGCCAACCUUUGCAUGGCCAUUGGCAAGUUUAUUGGUGGCUACGUCUUUCACUCGCAAGCUCUCAUCGCCGACGCCUAUCACGCGCUCACCGAUUUGGUCUCCGACUUUUUGACCCUGGGUACUGUCGCAUGGUCCCUGAAGCCUCCCAGCGAGCGCUUCCCGAACGGAUACGGCAAGGUGGAAAGCAUUGGCGCGCUGGGCGUGAGUGGCCUGCUGCUUUGCGGUGGUGUCUUUAUGGGUCUCAAUGCUGGCCAGGUCCUGUUGGCACAGUGUUACCCCGGCCUAGCUGAAACGCUGGCGCACGUGGGGAUCUUUGGGCAUGGACAUGGACACUCGCAUAGCCAUGGUAUCGAGGUGUUGGGCCCUAGCAUCCACGCGGCCUGGUUGGCAGCUGGUUCGAUCGUGAUCAAGGAGUGGUUGUACCAUGCAACAAUGAAAGUUGCCAAAGAGCGCAAGUCGUCCGUCCUUGCAUCCAACGCUGUUCACCACCGCGUCGAUUCCCUCACAAGCAUUGUCGCUCUGUUCACCAUUGGCGGGAGCUACCUCUUCCAAGACGCCACCUGGCUGGACCCGGUGGGCGGUCUCUUGAUUUCCCUCAUGGUCAUCAAGGCCGGCUGGGGAAAUACCGUCACCUCGCUCUUGGAGCUGGCAGAUACCACCGUGGACGACGAUAUCAAGCAAUCCGUGCAAACUGCUGCCACCAAGGCUUUGAAGGCCCUUGAGGAUGGCGAGCAGGUCAUUGUCCGCGAUGUCCAGGGUAUGAAGUCGGGACAGAAUUACCUCAUGGAUAUUGAGAUGGCCGUUCCCGGUGCGUGGGCCAUUACUCGGUCCCGACUGGUGGAGGAGGCUGUUCGCAAGACCGUUGGCGAGAAGGUCCGCGGUGUGAAGCGCAUCAAGAUUCGCUUUAUUCCUGUCGAGCAAGCCGAGCUUACUUUCUCCGAGGAAUUUGUUUCCCAGGAUACGGGAGCUAACCCUGAAGCCAAUAUGAAUGGUAACGGUGUUGCCAAUCAUAAUCACAAUCACGACCAUGAGGAUCCAGUUUCUCGGAAGAAGCAAUAG